AUGAAGAGACCCCACGACUACAGCUCCCCCGAUUCGGAUACAGACGAGUUCAUUGAUGUGGGACAAGAAGACGGCUACUGUGCGGUGACUGGUUCCAUGUCCCCUGGUAGCGCCUCGCAGGUUCUGGCCCGGAAAAAGCGAAGAGGGAUCAUAGAAAAGAGGAGGAGAGACCGGAUCAACCACAGCCUGUCGGAGCUCAGGAGACUCGUGCCCAGUGCCUUUGAGAAACAGGGGUCUUCCAAACUGGAAAAAGCAGAAAUCUUGCAGAUGACUGUGGAUCACCUUAAACUGCUUCACGCCAUGGGAGGGAAAGGUUACUUUGACGCCCGAGCACUGGCUGUGGACUACAGAACCCUGGGCUUUAGGGAGUGCGUAGGGGAGGUGGUGCGGUACCUCAGCUCCCUGGAGGGGGAGUCAGCAGACCCUAUAGGCGCCCGCCUUGUGUCCCACCUCUCACACUGUGCAAGCGAGUUAGACCCCCCUCUCCUCCAGCCUGCCCCAGCCUCUGCCGUCCCAUUCGCCCCUUGGCCCUGGCCUACCUUCCCUCCUCUAUCUCCCGCACCUCCAGCCUCAUCCUCUCCAUCUUUCCACCGCCGGGACUUGGCGUUGUUAGGGGCGUUUCCUUCACCUGCGUCACUACGUCUCAACCCUCACGCUCUGGUCGCUCCCACGGCCCUGACCACGCCUAUCCCCCGGGUAUCCACACUCCACAGAGGAACGCAGCCUCCCCAUCAUAGAGUGUCCGAUGUCUCACCCCGUGCAAUGUCCCCGCCAACGUCUUCAUCCGCCUCAGCAGCCUCCUCUUCACCCCCGACACAAGCUUCUUUUAGACCUUUUGCACCUCUGGGGUCUCCCACAGCCCAACGAUCUGUAGGGCGAGUGUGUGAUGUGAGUGCACAGGGCUGGCGACAGGACCAGGCCGCGGGGGCAGUGCACUUCUCGUGCAAGCUUGGACGGCGGUACGAUGAUGGAAUGUUUGGCAUGCUGUUCGCACACACGCGCUGGAUGGGACUAUUCUGGACUCUGACUGAGAACCACAAUCGGUACCGCAGCUUCCAGACAGUACAGCCACAGUCACACUGUCCUGGUGCUCUCACUGGGAAAAGGCAGAGAGGUGGGGGCCCUCUGCUGGCCUUAGUGUGGAACAUGCAAGUGCGAUCAUUCUGGUGA